AUGUUGUAUGUUCUAAACGGCUCGUUUUAUCCAUAUGAGCUCCACAAAGCCAUUGAAGAUGAGUACAAGUUAUAUCCUGGUGAACAAGAUAUACACGAAAUCUUUACUAGACUUUGUUCGUCAGGAACCCAAAACAUGAAUGAUAUCAUUGCCAUACAUUUUCAAAGCGGUUGUCAGUUUAUAAAAACAUGCAGAGAAUGUGUUAAGCAUGAUGCUCUCCCACCAGAAACACGUAAAACCAUCAUUGUGCCUGUCUUAAAUGGCAUACAAGAUUUGGAAAGAAGCAUCGUACAUUCUAUGAAUGAUGAUCAUGUUCCUAUUUAUUGUAGCUCUUGCGAAAACGUUACUGUGAAUAAACUUUCAGGGAAAUUUGUGUUUCUACCUCAAACAUUAGUCAUAGGAUUUAAUAGAUUUCAACAGAAAGGUGGAAUCGCAAAGAAGAACCACUCUUGGAACUUCAUGUGGUAG